CGAUAUAAUAUCCGAAGAGAGUGAUAAGAGUUAUAAGAAAUGUCUCAUCACACUGUUAGGUGGAUUAAAAGCGUUUUUAGAUUAGAAAGAUGGGUAGGUAAUGUCAACGACAUUACCGAAAUGAAGUAGCAUACAUUUUAAGUUGUUAAUACGAAUGCUGCAAUUUUUCCUAAUUUCUGAAAGGUUUUAUUAAAAUAAGUUAUUUCGGUAUUUCUAGUGGAAAUAGCGAAAUAACGGUACAAGUAUUUACGAUUCUCGACUGCUGCCAAAUGAAUUGUUUCAUUCUCAUUAAAUGUUAUUUUCAGGGUUACCAUAUGAGUAUAAAUAUGUUGGAAUAUUUCAGGUUUCGAUGUACGUGUACCGAUAUUUCGGUAUUUCCAUUAGAAAUAACGAAAUGGAUGGUUUUAAUAUAACCUAUCAGAAUAUAUUCAAAAUUGUAGCAUUCGCAUUAACAGCCUAAAGUGUAUUCUACUUCACUCCGGUUAUGUCUCUGACAUUACCCACCCAUCGUUUUAUAAAGAGUACUUCGAAGCAUUGGCCAUUUUCAUAUCAAGUGGACGAUUCGUCUGGAAAAUAUAACCAAGGAUUUUUCUGGGGCAACAACUACUGGACCGGAUCGAUAACACAGUGCUCCUUCAUCAAUCAGAGCAAAACAAGAAGCAGAAAUUUGACAAAAGUUGUAAAGAACACCGAUUUAUCUUACAUCAACGGAAACUUUCUUGAAGCCUCAGAGAUGAUGCAUGAAAAUCCACCUUUUAAUACUGGUUUUUACAUGCUGAAAGUUUUGCUAAAUAAUACUCACAAGUUAGGACCGCCCCGAACAGUGUUGAUGGGACUGUGUCUUCCUGGAACCUGCCAGCUCAGCGAUAUUGUCCAAAUGACACAUACAAGUCGAUCUACCCAGCAGAACUUCCAAAUACUAGGCGUGAGAUCCCCGACAUUGAAUAAUUUCUCGCUGUGGAAAGACAUCACGUUCCAGAUUUUAUUCAUUGCGACAAUCGCCGUAGCAUUGUUAAUAAUUGGAGGUACAGGAUGUGAUUUAGUGCUCAGAAAGAGAUAUGAGGCUGACCUGCGAAUGAAAAAGUACUCAAAAGAUCUAAAUUCGGAAUCGUCUUCCGGAUUGGGCUGUACGACUUACGAUCUUACUCAUGGCAUUCCUGACAAGACCAACAAAACAAAUCGUGAUGCAUUCGGUAUUCCGACAGGAGUUAAUAAUAACAACUCGGAUGAAAAUCUUGCUAUUGAACCAACGAGCACUGAGGAGAAAAAACUUAGUGUGUGGAUUGAGAUGCUGCUUUCAUUCUCUGUGGUAACCAAUUUCCAGGCAAUCUGCGAUAGAAAUGUGGGCAACGAUACUAUUCCAUCCAUUCACGGACUACGCACAUUGUCUAUGCUAUGGGUUAUUUUAGGGCACACAAUGAUCGUCGUUUUUAAAUAUUCGGAUAAUAUGGAGCUCAGAAAAGUAGUGGAGAAGAAAGUGCUGUUCCAAGCAGUUCUGAACGGAGCAUACAGCGUGGAUACAUUUUUUUUCAUCAGCGGCUUUCUCGUUUCAUACAUUUACUUCCGAACAAAUGCUAAAGGAAAGCUCGAAAAACUCACGCAAGGUGUAAAUGAGUUUACGGCAGGAACAUAUCACUUUUUCGGCUUAGUAGGAUAUCGAUUCAUGAGGCUAACUGCGCCGUAUCUGUAUGUGCUUGGAGUGGUUGAAGUAGCCAUGCGACAUUUGGAACAAAACUCCGUUUUUGAACCCCCAACACAAGAUCACAUCAACUGCCCUAAGUAUUGGUGGCGCAAUAUAUUGUAUAUUAAUACACUUUUUCCGGUGGAGCAAAUGUGCAUGCUCUGGAGUUGGUACUUAUCAGACGACACUCAGUUUUAUAUCAUCGGAGCAAUUAUCCUGAUUAUAGGUGUGAGACAUCUCAAAUUUGCCGCUGGAAUGCUAGUAGUUUUCAUGAUUUCAUCGUGGGCCACUACCGCAUACAUAGCAUUUUCGAAUAACCAUAUGCCGAAUGCCGACGAUCCGUUUGCACUAUUCGACAAAAUAUACGACAAACCAUGGACGCGACUUGGGCCUUACCUUGUAGGAAUGUGUGUUGGUUGGGUUUUAUUUAAAACCAACUGUAAAAUUAGUAUGUCAAAGGUUAUGGUAGCCCUAGGAUGGACUGCGUCAACUAUAAUGAUUCUAUAUUUAUUGUUCGGGCUUUUCAAUGCCACCCUGACGAAAAUAGCUGCCGCGGCAUAUAGCUCCCUAAGUCACACCGCUUGGGCGGCAGCUUGUGCCUGGAUUAUAAUUGCCUGCUCAACGGGCUAUGGAGGCUGGGUGAAUAAGCUUCUUUCGGCACCCAUACUCUAUCCUUUCUCUAGAGUCACAUAUUGCGCUUAUUUGGUGCAUCCAAUAGUGAACAGGAUUUAUGCAAUGGAGUCGGAUUCACCAAUUCACAUGACAACUAACAAUUUGACUACACUUUAUCUGGGUCAGGUUGUGUCAUCGUAUGUGUUGGCUUUCAUCAUUUCUCUUUCUUUCGAAGCUCCAGUGGUUACCAUGCUUCGUAUUAUGUCACCGACAAGAAAGAAAUAAAUGCUUUAAAAAGCCUAUUAGUUUUAUAUAAGGACCGCGUAACUAGAGAUUAAGCGUACUGUUGUCAGCUAUUAACCACGAAAAAUUGAAUUUUGUACAUUUCUCGAAAUUAAAUCUGUUGUAAC